AUGGCCAGGAAGCGCAAAGCAUCGCCCCGGCCCGCGGCUGCCAGAAAGAGACGCUCCGGGGGGCCGGAGGAGGAAGAGGAGGAGGAUGAUUUUGAAGAGGAAAAACCCAGUACAAAAAAGAACUCAAAAGCUCCAGCUAGGAAAAAGGAAGAAGGUUGUGAUAAUGGAGUUUCCAACUCAGCAAAAACUUCAAAACAAACAGGGGCAAAAUCACAAACAAAAGAAAAUAAAAGGAACGGUAGAAAUAAAGAGAACUGUAACAAAGAGGAAAUGUGCAGUGACUCAUCAAAGCCCCCUCAGAAGGAGAUGAAGUUGAAGAAAGAAUCACCUGUUAAAAAAGAGAUGAGUGAAGACAAUACUGACAAUGAUGAUGAUGAUGAUGAAAGUGAAGAUGAAUGGGAGGAUGUGGAAGAGCUCCAGGAACCUGCCACAGAUAAGUUUGAAGAAGCUGCUGUUCUUCCAGCAGUGGGGCUGCCAAGCAAACCUGUGGAGAUAGAGAUUGAAACCCCAGAGCAGAUGAAGAAAAGAGAGAGGAGAGAAAAAAGGAAAGCCGAGUUUGAAGCGUAUCUUCGGAGGAUGAUGAAACGUUUCAGCAAGGAGGUUCGUGAGGACACACAUAAGGUUCACCUCCUGUGUUUGUUAGCGAAUGGUUUCUAUCGGAACAGGAUCUGCAGUCAGCCAGAUCUCCUCGCCAUCGGUCUGUCCGUCAUCCCCACCCGCUUCACCACAGUGCCCGCAGGCAAAGUGGACCUGAUCUACCUUUCCAACUUGGUGAAAUGGUUUAUUGGAACCUUCACUGUUAAUGAUGAGCUUUCCACUGAAAAAGGAGAGCCCCUUCAGUCGACCUUGGAGAGGCGCUUUGCCAUCUAUGCUGCACAGGAUGAUGAGGAGUUGGUUCAUAUAUUUUUAAUUAUUCUGCGAGCAUUACAGCUGCUGUGUCGCCUCGUGCUGUCUUUUCAGCCUAUUCCUCUCAAGGAUACAAGACCAAAGGGAAGGAGCUCAUCCAAGAGGCAGUCUCUCAGCAACACCUCUGAGGGACAGGAGAGUUCUGCCACAACACCCAAAGCUGGGGCAAAAAAAUGCCCCUGCAAAAAAGCCAAGCAGGAUGAGAAAUCCUCAGAGAGCGAAGAAGACAUCAAGGAGCCAAAGAAAGCCAAAACUGCUCAGACCAAAGGCGCUCACAAGUCAAAGCUGGCUAAAGGCAACCAGGAACAGAAGGAAUCAAGUAAUGAGAGCAGUUUAGCAGAAAAAGAUGUGCCAGUCAGGCCCAAGAAUGAUCGGCGGAGACGAGUGGCCUCCAAAGUGUGUUACAAGGAAGAGAGUGAAAGUGAUGAGGGCAGUGUUUCAGACUUUGAGGUUUCAGAGGAGGAGAGUGAUCUCUCUGAUGAGGAUUUUGAAACUGUCUCUAAAAGGCGGAGGAGCUCACUGGCCUCCCAGAAGGCAAAGAUGACUACUCUAAAAAGCCCUAAAACUGAGACUUCAGAAUCAAGGCUGUCAAAAAAUUCGUGUGGAUCUGAGCCUAAGCCAGCAAAAAGUACAGCUCCAGCCUUGCCUGCAGGACAGAAAAAGAGAAACAAAAUCAUUUCUAGUGAUGAGGAUGAUGGACAACAGGAGGUGAGGAAAGCGACAGGCACAGACCAGUGGCUGGAGGUUUUCCUUAACCGUGAGGACAAAUGGGUUUGUGUAGACUGUGUUCAUGGCAACGUUGGCCAGCCCCAGCUGUGCUUCACACAUGCCACAAAGCCCCUUUUCUACGUUGUGGGGUUUGACAAUGAUGGGAGCGUCAGGGAUGUGACACAGAGGUAUGAUCCAGUGUGGAUGACUGCAACAAGGAAGAUCCGUGUGGACCCUGAGUGGUGGGAAGAGACACUGCAGCCCUAUGAAAGUCCCAAUGUGGAAAGGGACAGAAAGGAAGAAACUGAGUUUCAAGUUAAGCUUCAAGAUCAGCCUCUACCAACAGCAAUUGGAGAGUACAAAAACCACCCUCUCUAUGCACUGAAGAGGCACCUCUUGAAAUACCAGGCGAUCUAUCCUGAGUCAGCUGCUAUCCUGGGGUACUGCAGGGGAGAGGCUGUCUACUCCAGAGACUGUGUACACACUCUGCACUCCAGGGACACUUGGCUGAAGAAAGCUCGGGUGGUGAGGAUUGGAGAAGUGCCUUACAAGAUGGUGAAGGGAUUUUCCAACCAGGCGAGGAAGGCGCGCCUCAUGGAGCCGGCAAACCGGGACCGAGAGGACCUGGCGCUGUUCGGCCACUGGCAGACAGAGGAGUAUCAGCCUCCUAUAGCAGUGGAUGGGAAGGUUCCUCGGAAUGAGUACGGAAAUGUCUAUCUCUUCCUGCCAUCCAUGUUACCCGUUGGCUGUGUGCAGCUGAAACUUCCAAACCUGAACAGAGUGGCACGAAAGCUGAACAUUGACUGUGUUCAAGCCAUCACUGGAUUUGAUUUUCAUGGCGGCUACUCACACCCAGUUACCGAUGGCUACGUGGUGUGUGAGGAGUACAAAGAUGUUCUCAUUGCUGCCUGGGAGAAUGAACAAGCAGAAAUAGAAAAGAAGGAGAAGGAGAAGCGUGAGAAGAGAGCUCUGGGAAACUGGAAGCUGCUGACAAAAGGACUUCUCAUCAGAGAGAAACUGAAGAAACGCUACUCCAUCAAGACUGAGCCAUCAGCACCUGAGACAGAGAAAGGGGCGGGAUUCUCUUCUGAUGAAGAAGGAGCUCCGAGCUCAGAGAGCGCAGUGGGGAAUGUGGCUAUUUCUUGGCCCCAAAAUCGCCAGUUAGAGAAAAAAGAAGAAGAGAAAAAGACCAGAAAGAGCAAGCGAGAAAGGAAAGGUGAAGAAGCACAGUUGUUCCCUUUUGAGAAAUUGUGAUUAGAGCAAGCUUUUUCCUUGCUAUUUCCAGAUGCAAGAACAUUAGUCACAGUAAAAGUAUCCUUUGCCAGUUAGGGACUUAGUCUUCCUGGGCACUUGUGUUUCUGAGCUGUCAGGGACCACCCUCACUCAGUAUCCAGUUUCCUUUGAUAGAGGUAAUUAGAUUCUUCCUUUUAUCCUUAGGCUUAGGAGCAGCAGACAUGCAGUUACACCUUCUGAGAAGAUCACUUUGCGGCUUGAAGGGUUUUCUUCUCCUUUGUAUUGCUCAGCUCCUAUUAUUCAGUUUCCAGAAGUACUUCUUUCAUUAGCACCCUCUUUUCCCAUUUUUACUCCUUUUCAUUUUUCCCUGCUUGCUCAGAAUUAAAGCAUCCAGCUGCUCUUUAACUGUCUGUGGAGAGCUGUCCAAAGGACUGCUGAUACCUGCUUUGAUCCAUAGCUUAUCCAAAUCCAUGGUGAGAGUUCUUGCCUUUCUGUCUCAUAAUCACAGAAGGAGAUAUACUUCCUCUAAGGUCAAAAGAAAUAGCCAAUCAGGAAUUGGAGGAAUCAAAAUUUACUUUGUAAAGAAUAGUUGUAUUUUGGGAACUUGGAUUUGGCUUUUCAGUCUACUGUCUUCCUUUAUGUUCAGAAAUCUUGUGCUUUGGAAGGUAAAAGCCCUGUCCUCAUUUCAAACUUAAGAUUCAGUAUGCCUUCUUAAGUAAUUUGAAUAUAUACAUAUUUGCUUCUGUUUCUUACCAAGAUCCUGUUCUGAAGCAAAACAUGUAAAACUGGCUGAAUGUCACUGUCAGAAACAAAAUUCACUGAAACCAUAGAAUUCUUGUUAUUCAGUACCAUAGCAUUAAAAAACUGUUGAGAGAGGAAUGUAAAAUCUACACAAGCUUUUCCUGCACUUUGUAGUAGAAAUACUGAUCUGUCUUUUGCAGUAUUAUAUAUCUAAAUUCCACUGAUACUGUCUCUGCAAAAGUAGAGAGGAAAACAGUUUAGUCAUUGCUGGACAUUGUCACAUAGAAAAGAUUGAAAUGCCAGAAAAUGGCUUACAUGUAAUUAUGUUCAGAAAAAAAAAAUCUAUUUUUGUACUGUAUUUGUAGAUCAAAUUAAAGUUUGAAAAAAAGAAUCUGUUGUCUGUUACACCUCCCCUCUGGCCAGCUUGCUGUUCUGUAAGCAGCUGUUUCCCUGGAAGGACCGUGGUUAAGAACUGUAAUAUCCUGGGUCCCAGGAUAGCCCAGAACCAGCUGCUUGUGAAUUGUUCUCAUGUUAAGGGUCUUCAUUCUCAGUGUUCAGUUUUUGCUACCAAAUUCCAAAUAAAUAAAGACCAACCUAAGCUGGAGGCUUGGGGAGUAGAUCUGACGUGUACAUAAAGCUUCAAGAAGUCUGUAUCUUGCAGGAACAGGUAAUACUGCAGUGGGCCCAGAGGGUGUAUUUCCUUCUGAGUUAGUGUGGACACAGGAUACACCCUGAGAUGAGUGUGCUCAGUGUGGGGCCCAUGUCCAGCUUCUGCUGGUAUUGGUAGCUGUUCAUCAGCUUAAAUCAGGAGCUGGUAUCAGCUGUACCAAAGCAACUCUGUGCUGCCUCACUUGGGACACAGCAGGGAUACACAAAGCUGUGAGUCUAGGAAUUACUUAUAUCAGCUGGAAAAGAGACAAGAACAUUUUCAGAUGGCAGGAUCCUGCUUAGCAGCCAUGUGGACAGCUGGUGCUCCCAGCCUAAGCAUGGGAAAGAUGAAAGAGUAAAUGUGCUUCAGGCUGUUCCUAUAGAAACACUGUUUAUGUACGUGCAGUGAAAGUGAGUCUUGGCUUCACCAGAGCACCUGUCAUGUGGAAUGUGAAGUUCUUGUCUGUGAAAGGAAUCUUAAUUUACUGUGUAUUAUUCUGGUGCACAUGCUGGGAUGCAAGACAAAAGUACUUUACACUGCUGAAGGGACAGGUAACCCCUCAGUCUCUUUAGAAAUACAAUAGGCUGUUGCAGUCAGGUUGAACCAUCAUAUUUUUCAAAUAAUCUUGCAGAGGCAAGGAGGUGACUGAUUUCAGUAGUCAGUAACGGUGAGUAAAACCAUGGCAGACUGGCACCAGCAGUACACAAACCAGAGAGCAGCUGUGCUGUCAUUAGCAACUUGCUUCCCAAAAUGGGGAAGUAUUUGCAGGACAAACAAAACACACCUGUGCAUUUAUCUCAACCAACAACAGAAAACUAGUUCAUGUGGAAGCUGCAAACUAAUCCGCACGAACCUGGACACUAUUCCUGGACAUAAAAUGUACAAUACUUACAUUUAAUAAAAAAGAAUCCUACAGACCAA